CCACGUUUCAAAAUUGGGUGUAACUGAUCUUGCUUUUAUAUUUUUAGGCGUGACAGUAUUGCUGUGUCUUCUUUGAUGUUGUUACUGUUAUAUCAACGUUUGAUCAUAAGGAGUGAAAGCCGUGUUUCAUCAUGCCACAGACUCACAGAAGCAUAGCUUUUAGUGGCAAAAAGAAAAAAGAGCAGCUUAAAGCUCGUAGAGAACGAAAAAUAUUAAUAAAAAAUAGGGAAGUUCCAGAACACCAGCAAUCUAAUUACCAGAGCAGAUCAGAAUCAUCUGAGGCUGUCUCAGUUACCCUAUCACAAGAUGAGAGUGCAGAAGAACAUGUGAAUUACUUUGAGGAUACCCAAGUCAUUAAUCAACAGCCCAGAGCCAGGGGUAAUGUGAACAGGUAUAAUUUAAAAUUUAGAAGAGAGACGCCUGAAGAGGUGGAAAAGCGAAAAGCUCUACAUUAUUCUGAAAUUGACUUAAUUCCAGAAUAUGAAUUAGAAGCAACAACAGAUCAGUUCUACCCACCUGGACUUAGCUAUCCAAAGCGGCCACCCUGGAAGAAGAAUGUGACAAAACAUGAGCUAGAUCGUAGUGAGAACAGACAUUACAGAUUAUUCUGUGAACAGCUGAACAAGGAUUUUGCUGGAGCUGAAUUAAGUCUCUAUGAGCUGAACCUAGAAACAUGGAGACAGCUAUGGCGAGUGACAGAAAUGUCUGAUGUAUUACUUAUUAUUGUGGAUGCUCGUUUCUCGGUUGCUCAGUUCCCUCCAUACCUGUAUGAACAUCUUGUUGAGCAGGAAAAUAAAGGAAUUAUUCUUAUCUUAAACAAGUGUGACCUUCUGCCGCCAGCUGUAAUUGUGGCUUGGGAAGAGUACUUCCAUAACAAGUUUCCAAGGUUGCUUAUUGUUCCAUUCUCAUCAGUGGAGGGCUAUGCUUUCAGGAAAGGAACACUGAAAAUAUCUGCUGAAGGCUCUCUGAGGCUUGUUGAUGCUUGCCAGAAGUUGGUUGAAGACUCAGUUGAUCUCAAUCCUUGGAGAAGGAAGAUAGAAGAGGAGAAGGAAAUGGAGAGUGAGGUCAGCCAAGAGUGUAAAGCUACAGAAGGCAUGACAGUGAUGCCUCAAAGUACCAGUCCCGAAGUUCAUCAACGUUUCAAGGAUGGCGUUCUUACCAUAGGAACAAUUGGUCAUCCUAAUGUUGGAAAAUCCUCACUUAUUAAUGCACUCAUGGGAAAAAAGGUAGUGAGUGUGAGCAAAACUCCAGGCCACACCAAACACUUUCAGACCAUUUUCCUUACAAAAAAUGUCAAGUUGUGUGACUGUCCUGGUUUGGUGUUCCCAUCCACAAUCUCAUUACCGCUGCAGGUGAUGCAAGGUAGCUAUCCCAUAUCUCAAGUUCGUGAUCCAAUAAACGUUGUUCACUAUAUUUCCUCAAGACUUGAUAUUCCUAGGCUGCUCAAGCUAUCUAAUAUGGAACUUCAGGACUCCAGAUGGACAGCAUACUAUAUAUGUGAAGCUUGGGCUAUAAAACGGGGAUAUCACACUCGUGUUCGAGGUGGGCUAGAUGUCUCAAGAGCAGCCAAUGAAUUGCUUCGAAUGUGUCACAAUGGCCAGAAGUCUCUCGUACUGUAUUUCAGGCCCCCAGGCUACUGUCAGACUAAAGAAAAAUUUGAAUCCCAUCCUCGGGUAGAAGAUAUAAAACUCAUCCAAGGAAUUCAUGCCCAAACUAUGGAACCAGUGCCUCAUGAAACAAAACUGGAUGAGGAAGUGGAGGAUGAGGAAGAUAUAGUAGAAGACAUGGAGAAAACAGAAAGUGAAGAGGAAGAGGAGUGCGAGUCUGAAAGUGAAGAGAUGAACAGGACCAGUGUAGUUAACAAAUUUGCCGUACUAGGUGAAGAUGAUUAAAAAUGUUCAGAUAAA